GAAAAUACUUAAGUUAUAGAGACGAGUUUUUAAAGCACAAAAUAACGGGCGCUAGUGUAAGAAAGGGCGUUCAUCACACUGUUCUCGUUCAUUGAAAAGGAAGAGAGUAAGCUAAAUUCGGGAGGUGUCAUGACACAAUGCGCUUCUCAACUUCCCUCUCUUUACUGUUAGAGUCAUAAAGAAGCUCACAACUGCUUACAAGUACAGUACGAGUGAAGGAGGAACAGGCUGAUUAAGACCGUUAAUAUUCAUUAUAAGAUCGAUUCAUUUUGUAUUUAUGAGGAUAUUUUUGGUGUAAAUUCUACACGUGGUGGAUCUUCGAGUGUCAGCUGUCUGAAGGCUGAUGUUUUCCAGAAUGUUGAGAAAUAUUACAGUAGCAGCGAUCCUCAUGUUACUGACAGGAGUUCAGACUCAGCACAGUGUAACUCUCUCCUCUCAGAGUCUCUGUGUUGUUACUGGAUCUACAGUAAAAAUCCCCUGUAGUUUUACAAAACCUGAUCAGUCCACAGUCACAGAGAGAGAGUGGUAUCGAGUCCAGAGCUCUGAAGGAGAACCACGAGACCUGAACAACGAUCCAGAAUACUCAGGACGAGUGUCUGUAAGCACCUGGUGGUCUGACUGUGAGCUGACAGUGAGGAAUGUGAGAGUGAGUGACUCUGGAGUUUAUAACUUUAGAUUUAAAACACAGAGCAGUGACUGGAUAUCAGCAUCAUCUGGAGUACAACUGACUGUUACAGACUUGCAGGUGAAGGUGGAUCCUAACACUGUGGGACAGAGAGAAGUAAAAGUGACCUGUAGCGCCACCUGCAGACUCAACACACACAUUAUCUACUGGUACAGGAAUGGUGAUUACCUCAAAUACACAAAUGACUCCACCAUUGUUCUUGACUCCACCAGUGGAUCUGAUAAAGGCAGCUACUCCUGUAAGGUGUUUGGGACUGAACACCGCUCUCCUCCAGUGUGUGUUUUUGAUGAGAAGAGCUGCUGGAGUGUAACUUAUUCCACUCAGACUGUCUGCUCUCUGAUUGGCUCAUCAGUGGACCUACACAGUUAUUACACCUUCCCUAAUAAUCACAAGGUUACUGAAGUGUUGUGGUUCAUUAAAAAACUUGAGGAUGUGAGAGAAGAUGAGGAGUAUCAGGGUCGAGUGCAGUACACACAGAGCUCCCAGAAUGACUGUAGUCUGAGAAUCACUAACCUGAGAGAGAGAGACGCUCAAACAUACAGGUUCAGAUUCUACACUGAUGAUUCUACAGGAAAAUACACCAGCGAACCUGGAGUCACUCUGUCUGUCACAGAUCUGAAGGUUACAGUAUCAGACUCGUAUAUCUGGAUGAAGAAGCUGAGCUGCAUCACUACCUGCACUCUGUCUAACAACCCCACUUACAUCUGGUACAAGAACGGACAGCGUGUUACUGACCAGGACAGAAAUGAACUGUAUUUAAGUAGUUGGAAUGCAGGCAGCUAUUCCUGUGCUGUAAAAGAACAUGAGGAGCUUCGCUCUCCUGCUGUCUCCCGACUUUCACGGCAUAUGGACACCAGAUACAACGGUGUUCAUGUGUACGACCACCAGACACUACUAAGUUAUGGAAAUCGUGCACCAGCCAAUGUGCAUGAUGACCUACGGAGAAAGCUUCGUGAUCUCGGCUUGCUACGGAGACCAGGUCCCAAGCCCUCGGCGUUGCCUGAUGCCGGUGGCCAGAAGAGGAGUCGACAGAAGCGGUGA